AUGACAUCAGCCUCACCGCCUUUCUCUACCGCCCUGGGCUCGACCAAAACUGCCACCCCAGACUUUCCGUGCGGCUCCAAAGCCAAUACUGAGUUUAUUAUCCCAUCUACCUCACAACUGCUUCGGUUCAGUAUCACCGCCUCGAAUGGGGAAGCUCCUAAUGAUGACCACAGUAAAGCCUUACGCAGACGGGUGACUGGGCUUCUUGAUGCGGAGUGGGAAUUGGGCAAUCCUCCCGCGGCCUUGUGGUUACCCCUCAAAGGUGUCCAAUCGAUAAACCAGCGGCAAGGUACAUUGUUGCUACAUUCGGUGGCCGAUGUACCGGGUCUGAAAGCCGUUGUCGAAUUGAUGGUCAUUGAUCCGGAGGGAGCUGCCCGGUUACAAGUCAACAACUGUUUUGUUCUGGCGAAGGCGCUACAGCGCUGCCAAUCUCACAACACAUAUUCAGAGAUUGUUGCAGUAUUGAGCGAUAUUAUUGCAAGGCUUGAAAGGCUCAAAUUGCCUAUUUACUCCCAGCUCUGUGAGCUUGGCAUCUACUAUGCGGCGUUAGACUUGUCCACUUCGGCCCUGCAGCAGUUUCUCCGCGCAUGGCAACGGAAGACUGCGAAGCGAUUGACCUAUGGGGAUCGAAUUGUUCAAGCACUAACAUCAGCUGUCAAUAAAAAGAUGUUCGAGGUUCCGAGCUACGACCCUUCAGCCUUACUCGCAGAAAUCACAAGAGAAGAGGGCGUUUCUUCCGAUCUGCAAACUAUCUUAUACAAGUCGCUUUGCGAAGAUCAGCAUGGAUUCGCUGCAUUUCUCCGCCUUCUGGCUGGAAUCGGUAGUGACGAGUCAUUAUAUGAGUUCUGGGCUGCCUUCUUGCAGAAGUUCGAUAGCGAGGACCCAGAAGUUUGCCGCUCUGCUUACAGUGUGGUUUUGACCCUGAUCAAAGCUGGGCGUUCAGAAACAGCCCUGGAUUUUCUGGAAGACAUCUCUAAGCAAUGCAAUGGUACUUUGCCCCAUAUCGAGACAUCACACGAUCUACAAGCUCUAUCUCAAGACCCUGUUCUCGGAAAGUCACUGGCCAACUUGGUCAAUGAUGAGUGUUACAAAAAGCUGCUGGAAGCAGGAUUCACUAGCAUGGAACAGAGGCUGGGCAUCAAAUGGCAAGAGGCUGGAGGAGAAUCAAGCAGCAAGGCACAUUUUGGUGUAACCCUGGAUUCAUUUUGGACCGGCUUCACGGACCAGCCGCUAGUGACGAUCGAUGGCGAUUGUGCGGGAUACGACGAUAUCUCCCGACUUUAUCCUGAGCUCCAAGCCCAUGGGUGCUCCAAAUCACGUCAGGAGCUCGGGCAAGUUCUUGAUCUGCUAAAUGAUUUCGAUGGCGAUGUAUACAAUGUAGUCGUGCAGCUCAACCUAAGCGAGGAACAGUGGAAAUCCUUCCAAUCUGAAUUUUCUUCGGCCGAGUUUCGGUGGUGUCCUCAACGGUCACCAAUAGAGUUCUCAGACUCCCCACUCCCCACUUUGGCAGAUCAGUCUGAGCAAUGGACAUCGGCUUCACUCGGUUUGAUGCGGGCUCGCCCCUAUGUGAAUGGAGAGCCCCAAGCGGGGGCUAAUGGCUUGCAUUUGAUGCAAUUGGGGUACCUGGAAAUGCGGCGUGGCCCAAGCGAGCCGUGGCAACCAUCCGGAUAUAUUGUGGCGUGGGAUCGUCAGUACGGUGAAACCAUUGCUCUUUUUGUUGGGAAACAUUCGGCAGUCAUCGGCCGUGGCCCAGUAUCGUCAAAUGCUCCAUUCGGUGCUGUGAUGUAUAUUCGGCCCUUUGACAAGCCCCAUGUAUUACCACUGUCUCCUGAUCGGCACCCUCGCGAAUUCGCUGGUCACUAUUACUUGGACAUUGACCCCAGUCCAGAUUUGGAUCCGUGA